GUCUGUCUUGUCAGGCGAAUAGUGUUCUUGUCUUGACGCUCCCGUUCCGAGUCUGCGAUGUCUGGACGCGGCAAGCAAGGCGGCAAAGCUCGCGCCAAGGCCAAGUCCCGCUCUUCUCGCGCUGGCCUGCAGUUCCCGGUGGGCCGCGUGCACCGCCUGCUCCGCAAGGGCAACUACGCCGAGCGGGUGGGCGCCGGCGCGCCCGUCUACCUGGCGGCCGUGCUCGAGUACCUGACGGCCGAGAUCCUGGAGCUGGCGGGCAACGCGGCGCGCGACAACAAGAAGACGCGCAUCAUCCCGCGCCACCUGCAGCUGGCCAUCCGCAACGACGAGGAGCUCAACAAGCUGCUGGGCCGCGUCACCAUCGCGCAGGGCGGCGUCCUGCCCAACAUCCAGGCCGUGCUGCUGCCCAAGAAGACCGAGAGCCACCACAAGGCCAAGGGCAAGUGAUUUGGCAAGCAUCUUAGUUUCCGGAAACGAUUUCAAACCCAAAGGCUCUUUUCAGAGCCCCCCACCAAUUCAAUGGAAGAGCUAAUACUAUUCUUUUAAGUUAAAGAGAUAAAUAGGCAAAGCACAUUGUUCCCGGUAAAGCCUAAUAUAAACAUGUGCAAAACUAUGUCGAUAGAGAUCUUCUAUCUACCUAUUAUCUAUGGAUCCAUCUGGCCAUCUCCAAAUGCGGGAAAGCAAAAGUAGGAGAGGGUACUGGGAUUGCCCUCAGGGGUUUGCCGGCUUCCCCUGCAGGACCGAAGUCCCUGGGUUAUGCUAAGCGGGAACUACCUGUUCUGAUGGAAGCCAGCCGAUGGCAGGAGGAAGCUCCUCAAGCAGAGAGUCGGGCAGACACGCGGUGGUAAGUGGUGGGGGAGGCCCGCACCCCCUCCCAGCAGGACUCUCCCACCUUCGAAGCAACAGCCCAGGUGGCCUGGGUGGGCCUUUCAAAACUCAGCUGAGCAGCCUUCCAGGAACAGAGGCACCCAAGACAGGGAUGCCCCACACGCUGCCCACUCUGUUUGGGCUCAACUCGACUGCCUGGCUAUGGAGAACUCACCGUGACCUGGUAUCUGAGCAACCUUGGCAGAGAAAAGAAAAAUGCAGCAGGCUAUUAAAAAGAAGGUUUCAGGGGCGCCUGGGUGGCUCAGCCUGUUAAGCGUCCGACUCUUGGUUUCGGCUCGGGUCAUGAUCUCAGGGUCCUGGGAUCCAGCCCCACAUCAGGCUCUGUGCUCAGCAUGGAGCCUGCUUCUCCCUCUCCCUCUGCUCCUCCCCCUGCUUGUGCUCGCUCUCAAAUAAAUAAAUAAAUAAAUAAAUAAAUAAAUAAAUAAAAUCUUAAAAAAACAAAGGGUCUUGGGUAGGUGGGCCCUGUGGGAGGACAGAGGGAGGCACACAGAGGAACCUUCCAUUCCCUGUAGCUUAGUCCCUUCAGGUUGCGGAGGAAGAGUGGAGGGCCCCAUCUGCUGGUCUUGUGCGCCGACACUGAAGAGCUCGGUGGUUUGUACGUGUCCACACGCCGACUUGUGUUUCUGCCCUUGACGUCUUCACUCUCUCAAGCCUCCCGUGGACAAUCCGCAUGCCGUUUGGAAUCCUUCCUUCCCUCCUUUCUACUCUGCGGAGAGUGUAUCCCUGGUAGCCUGAGGGUGGUCAUAGCGGCUCUAUUUACUAAUGGGAAUUAGUAAAUGCUCCAAAUCAGGGUGUUCUGUUUACUUCUGCGGAGGCAGUCGUUGAAGACCGGCACACCCCUGCCUGGAACACUCGUUGCGCCUGCCCGGGAAGGGCCGCGUGUUGGCUCUCGCUACGUUCCUACCUGGAAGGGUCCUGCCGCACCUGCCGUGCUCGCGGGCUGAUUUCUGUCCCUCGCUCGAGCGAUCUGUACCUACCACGUCUAUUUCUGUAGUUUCUCACCAGCUGGUGGUUUCACAGCUACCUUCCAAAUUCUACGAGGAAACCUAGAACACCCUCCAGACAGAGACUCGCCUGCCUCACCGCUCACUUCCCUCACGCUCUUUGCGAGUGGCCGUGGUCUGGCGGGCAGUGACGCCUGGAGCGCGGACUGUGCGCGCCCAAGCCCAGGAAUGCCGUGAGCAAGGCGGUGCGAGGCCGCAGCCCGGCUGUGCAGCCGUGACCCGGGGACCUCCUCUGGGGACUGCCCAGCGCUGAACUGAGAACAACAGGUGCUUCUCUCCCUGUGGGAGGAUCGGCCCACGUUCGCGAGUGCUGGGAGGCUGGCGUUCCCAGCGGACACCCACACAGAAAAGGUUUCUUCUCCCUAUUCGACUCUGCUUUCUUGCUUUCUCUACGGAGGGAACAACACAGACAGUGGGCGCCCCCCUGGGCAUCAGGGGCCUCCUUCCCGGGGAAUGAGCGCCCCCCCGCCCCGCCCCGCCCUGAGUCCCCUGGGCGGGGGCAGGAGAACACCCCGCAGGCAGCCUUCUGCCCCCCAGUUCCAGCGACACGAGACCAAUGGAAGCCCCAAAUAGGAAAGCCCGGUAGAAGUCACAUGACCUCUAGGGGUGUUAGUCAGUGGACAGGAGUGGAGAGCUUUCUCUAAGGGGCUGGGAUCUAACUUCUUAAACAUUAUUUAAAUCUCCUUGUGUCCAUCUUCUCGAAUGUUCUUCAUGAAAGCUACACUCCAACAGGUGUUUCUGUAAGUUUCUAUUUCUCUCCUGUAGGCCCCCUUUCUACUGCCCCCCUGCUGCCCCAAAUCCCUCUUUCCUCUCCACUUAGCAUCUGUGAAAAGGACCUUUUUGUUUUUGCACCGGGUGGUCUGUGUUGAAAUAUGCAGAGACCCCCUAUCAGGGCCUCCGUGGAUGCUCCAGGGGGACCCAGUCUCCACGGAGCUCGGCUUGAGCUCCGCGCGCUCAGCGCCCGCGUCGUGGGACAGCAGUGCCACGCGGUCCUCUGGCUCCAUCAUCAGGAGCCACGCUGCUGGGAGCUCGGAAGUGUGCCUCAGAAUCAGACACAGGCUCCUGGUACCCACAUUUACUGCUCUCCAAACUAGAGUUGGAUGGUGAGGAAUGUAGCUCCUACCUCAUUUCAUUAAUUAGCUUAUAAUGAUCACGAUGGGCUCGAGCACUACCUUAUUUUAUCUUCAUAAGGAGUCUAUGAGGUACGUGUUAUUAUUAUCCCACUUUGUAGGCUAGGAGCCCGAGACACAGAGACUUAGGUAACUUGCCCAGGUCACAUUAUUUAUUUUUUUUUAAAGAUUUUAUUUAUUUAUUUGAGAGGGAGAAUGAGAGAGAGAGAGCAAGAGAGUGGGGAGGGUCAGAGGGAGAAGCAGACUCCCUGCUGAGCAGGGAGCCCGAUGCAGGACUCGAUCCAGGGACUCCAGGAUCAUGACCUGAGCUGAAGGCAGUCGCUUAACCAACUGAGCCACCCAGGCGCCCUGCGUCACAUCAUUUUAUUACACAAUGAUACCAGUGGUCUAGUAGCCCAAGGAGCUAAGAACUGUCUGUCUCUUCAGAGGUUUGUUUGAUUUGACUUGGUCGUGACUCCAAUUUCAUAAUGACCUCAGUAGCUUUGUCUUUAACUAAGGAACACCAGAAACAAAGCCUGGCUCAUUUCUUAUUUUUGGUGGUUUAUGUCAUUCUGAGAGAGAGAGAAUUUCUGAGAGAUGCAUUCGAUUUUAAGAAAGCAAGAAGAUGUUUGGUUUUAAUCAAUUUGUUCUUUUUCUUUGUCCCCAACCCAAACAAGAUGGCGGCAACCAUAAGGGCUGGUCACUGUGAUUUCUGGGACACUGUGGGAUAAUGGACAUAAAAGCGCAGGUGUGGCCAUGCAUCAGGCCCUACUUUUUGCAAACUGUGUGGCAAAAUAUUUUUGCAAAACCUUGAGCAAGUGUCUUCCCUUUUUAUCCUCAGUUGCUUUCUCUGGAAAUGGAACCCGUCGUAUCCCCACCUCAGAGGAUGGAUGUCAAGAUUAAGGGGGGAUAAUGUGCUUGGUCCAUAGUAGACACUGGAAACCAUACCCUCUUCUCCCUUUAUCUAUGUGUUCGGUUCAUCUCUGGAUGUAUCUAUUAUCUAUUGCCACGUCACAAAUUAUCCCCAAACUUGGCAGCUUCAGGAUCGAAGCUGGUCCAUGCUGGGCCCUCCGGAUCUUCCACAUGCUGAUUUUAAGAGGUGGCUGGGACUGUAGUCAUCUCGAGGCCCAGUGUGGGGUCAGUCCACUUCCAAACCCAUGCACAUGGCUGUUGGCAGGAUUCAGUUCCUGAAGGGUUAUUAGGCUGGGGGCCCCAAGUCCUUGUUCGUUGUUUCUCAUCUUGUGGGCCUUCCAACAAGAGAGCUUACAUGGCUUUCUUCUGAGGGAGUGAACAUGAGUAAGAGUGCAAGUCAGGGCCCAAGACAGAAGCCACAACCUUCUGUAACCUAAUCUGAAAAGUGACACACCAUCACUUCUGACACAUUCUACUUGUUGGAAACAAGUCACUUGCACACACACACUCAGGGAAAAGGAUAACCCAAGGGUACGAACCUUCAGAGGCAAGGAUCGGUGGGGGUCAUCUUAGAGGACACCUACCACAAGGAAUAUAUCACAACCUGUUUAAAACGAGGGGAAACUGUCUUCGUGAUCCCAUGUCUUUAAAAAUGGAAGUGUAUCUCUGUGUUUUCGCACACAGGGGGCCUGGUUGGGCGCAGGCUCGGUCAUAUGCUCAGGCUUCAAAAAUUGCAGAAAUAUUUGCAUUUCUGCUUGUCCUCUGCUGCGGCUGAGUGUCACUGGAAACAUCAUUUCCCAGGCUCCUUAGCUGUCCGGUUUCCAGUAGAUUUGAGCAAUGGGAGACCCUGGUGGGACAAGUUGGUGGGACCAGGGCACAUCUCCCCUUCUCUCUUCACUUCCUGGGGUUUCUCCAGCCUCUUGGUGCUCUGGCUCAGUCUCAUCAAAUGGCCCUUCUCUUGGUGGUCUCAGCUCUAGCUACACUGGGCGUUCCAGCCCCAACUCCUCCCUAGGUGAUAGUUAUCCCCUCUUCUUCCCUUUGUCCCUGUAGCCUUAGAGAGGUGGCACCUUCUUGCCGCUACUUAUCUUUGGGUUACUCCUCACCCCUCUUUUGGUUUCUCUUUCAUCAACUAUUUAUAUACUUAUCUCAGUUAAAUUCCUUCUAUAUGAAAUUCCUAGAAUGGUGUUUCUCCUUUUUAACUGGACUGUACUAAUACCCUGAUAAGCCGUGGGACCAAACACAACUGAUGAACAUUGCUCGUUCUUGAACAACUAAUAUACAGAACAGUGUUUCCACAUUGUCUAGUGCUAAAUACCUGCCCUGGGCCUCAUGCUGCUGGAAGUCCUGAGGGCAACUGCUUCUUGAGGAGAGAGUUUCACUACUCUGGGCUCAUGUUUUCUAUUUGAGAACAUGGGAGGCUUUGUGACAUCUGUGAUCUCUUAAAUCUCUGAAUAUUGGGGGCUCCAGAAUUUCUCCAUAGGGAAAGUUUAGGAACCACAUUCUAAUUGGAAAAUGAAUUGGGAGCACUUUAUAUGAA